AUGGCGUUGUCUGCCCCUAUGGAUGAAUCAAUCUGUACGGAGCAUGUACAUGAUUCAACCCAACAAUCUCCCAGCUGUGAUUCCAUCGACAUGCGAAUUGAUUAUUCAUGCCCGGUGGCCAAACUGGGCCAGAAUAGGUUACGACCCGCUUCAGAUAUCAUCAAUCGCAUAAUUUGGGAUUCGAGCUACAGUUCCGAUAAUUAUACCAUUGUAUUCCUCGAUCGGUUCCAAGGCGAGCUGGAGAUAUCCUUUGAGAGUUGGAAGAAGGAGUCGACGGAUGAGGAAUUCAUUCCCCAACAUCGUGUUCUGUGCAUUAAGCAGAUCGAUGGUAAGAUUGUUUGGGACCGACGCAGGCGGGUCGAUCUAAUCUUCAAAAGUGGGAACUCGGCAUUCAGUGAGCUUGCAUUUCUUGCUUAA